GGGGGGAGGAGGGGGUUUUGGCGCGGCGCUUGGUGGCGGGAGUUGGUGCCACUUGGCGGGAGUGCGCGAGCCUGGGUGCUGCUGGCCAUGCUGUGCCGGGCGCUGCUUCGCCGCGCCGCUGCCACCUCCUCCGUGACACCCUGUCAGCCCUCGGCGCUUCCCCUCCAGCAUCUCCUCGACAGCUACCGGUGCCGCCGGGAAGAUGACCACCUCUCCUACGGGGAAACCGGCAUGCCGGUCCCUCCUUUCGGCUGCCGCUUCUCUGCAGCACCGAAUUUUGAGCAUAUACUGGCAGUUGCAAACGAAGAAGGAUUUGUUAGACUGUAUGAUACCGAAGCUCAAACUACCAGCAAAGUGAUCUUUAAGGAAUGGCAGGCUCACUCGAAUGCUGUAUUUGAUCUUGCCUGGGUACCAGGAGAACACAGGAUUGUCACUGCUUCGGGAGACCAGACAGCCAAGGUGUGGGAUGUGAGAGCUGGUGAGCUUCUUGGCAUAUGCAAAGGUCACCAGUGUAGCCUCAAGUCAGUUGCUUUUUCUAGAUUUGAGAAAGCUGUCUUCUGUACUGGAGGCAGAGAUGGAAACAUCAUGGUUUGGGAUACCAGAUGCAGCAAGAAAGAUGGAUUUUAUAGGCAGGUGAAUCAAAUCAGUGGAGCACACAAUGUGGUUGACAAGCAGACUCCUUCCAAACCCAAGAAGAAGAGGCAGAACUUAAGAGGUCUCGCUCCCCUUGUGGAUUUCCAACAGAGUGUAACUGUGGUGCUGCUUCAGGAUGAAUAUACUCUUAUCUCUGCAGGAGCUGUUGAUGGUGUGAUCAAAGUUUGGGACUUGCGCAAGAACUAUGCUGCUUACCGUCAGGAUCCAGUGCCUUUCAAGUCCUUUUGCUACCCCGGCACCAGUACUCGCAAACUGGGAUAUUCUAGUCUGGUUUUGGAUUCCACUGGUGCUAAUCUCUUUGCGAACUGCACUGACGACAGUAUCUAUAUGUUCAAUAUGACAAGUUUAAAGACCACCCCAGUGGCAGUUUUCAGCGGACACCAGAACUCUAGCUUUUACAUCAAAUCCAGUACUAGCCCUGAUGACCAGUUCCUGGUGAGCGGCUCGAGUGACUGCAACGCGUACAUCUGGAAGGUUUCUGAACCCAGCCUGCCUCCAAGGAUACUUGUUGGUCACUCUCAAGAGGUUACCUCCAUUGCUUGGUGUCCUUCAGACUUCACUAAGAUUGCCACGUGCUCUGAUGACAACACUGUGAGAAUUUGGCGCCUACAACAUUGUUCUGAGGAGGAGAAGUCAGCCUCCAGCAAAACCAACUUGGUGGGCUGGGUCACACAGAAGAAACCAGAACAACGUGGAGCAGGAUCACCAGCCAGCCUACAGAAUACUCCUGCGAAGGCUGUCACAGUGGGCAAUCCGUGUGUUUCCUCGCCACGUCCGGCUGCCUGUGCUCCCAGUUAUUCUGGAGACCUUCCUCUUUCUACAAACACUCUAACGGUCUCUCUCAAAACCCAAGUUGCUGCAGCCUGCACACCAGCAAAGCGGAGUGGAGCCAGCCCAUGUGCUUCUCCCAAACCGGUGCCUUCCUCCAAAAUGUCCAUUAAACACUGGGUUACCAGGACUCCAUCUUCUUCUCCUCCAGAGGUGGGGAAAAAGGCUCUUUCUCCUAGAAAAGCUCUGGCAGAAGUCACACAAGGUCUCCUGGAAACAUCUAGCACUCCUAAAGUACCACACUCACAGGUUGAAAAGCGUGCCAAGAGGAGGCUCGACUGCAGUAAGGAAGGCGACGUGAGACAGAAGUGUCUGCAGGCCUGUAGCUGUGUGACUGAACUGGACCAUGUGGCUAAGAAGUCCAAGCUAAAUUUAUGUCACUUGGCUGCAGAGCAGAAAGCUUGUGGUGAAGGCUCUUUAAGUCUGGCUGACCUGGAUAAUGAGCAUGAAGGCUCUAGCCACAGCCCAAAAGAGCCUUCUCUUUCUGGAAGCCGUAUUAAUCCAUCCGGCGUUCAAACCCCUCCUCUUCUUUUCCAGUCUCCUUGUGGAAAAGGCACGGAUGUAGUAGAUAAAGAGAAUAGUUCACCUGAACGAAAAAACUGGCUGUCUGCUCUGGGAGAGAAGCUACGGACUGGCAAAGCGGGCAGCCCCCCGUCAUCUUACAGUCCCAGUGCAAGACGACCGGAUGCUGCGGCAGUGGCCACCUCACCGAAAAAUGCUGUAACCACUCCAGCUUCCAUGAGGAAGAUCUGCACAUACUUCCACAGAAAGCCACAGAAUGACUGAAGCAGUGUGUGGCAGUUGCACCUGAUGGAUGUUGACACUGUGGUAUUGAGAUCAGAUUUAGCAGCACUGCCAGAGCAACGUGCCGGGAUUACACAGUUUGUUUUCAGACCUCAGUAAACUUGGGGUUUUACUCGCCUCUUUUUAAAGCCACUAACGACUGAAAUCAGCGGAGCAUGGAAAAUUAUCAUCAUACUUAGAGACUUAAGGUUUCUUAAUCACUUCAGCUGAUGGAUCUUAUUUUGUAAAGAAAACAGAGUAUUUUUUACAUAGCAACUGUUAUAUUCCAAAUUGAGCAACAGCUCUGCUGUGCAUUGUUGACAGGCACAUGCAGCUUGUCUUUUAAUGUUACUAAUCUGCUGUUGAAAUUUUCUCUGCUUAAGAAUACUCUGUGAAGCAUUGCACCCUCCAGAAAAGCAAGUGUUGUGUGUCAAGAAGCCCGCGCUGGAGGUAGAGCUGAGACACUUCAUGCUGAAUGGCAUUUCCAGUUAUUCCUCUCGUACAGCCACAGCAACCGAGCAAGGAAGUUAUGAAUGUGUAAAUAAAUACAGAAGACUUUCAAAUGCCCCUGUAUCCAUCUCCAUCCAAUGGCACAGCUGGUGAUUAUAUUCCAAGAGGAGAGAGCAUAUAAUCAAGUACUUAAUACCUGUACUCUUACCACUCCCUUCCUUCUCCAAGUCUGAAAACUUCUGUAUUUACCAACUUAGCUGGCUUGUGGACCAUCAGCACUACAGCUGUUGAGACCAACAGCUUAUCACUUCUCCGAAAUAAAACAUUAGCAAGGUGUGUUCAAAAGUUAGUUUAAUCUAUCCCAAAUAGUGUUCCAUAACAGCUGGUUGCUCAGCAACUUCUUACUGAUUCAGCCUGCAGCAAAGGCAUUAAUAACUGCUUGUAAAAUACCUUUAUAACACUUAUAAUACAGUAUUUAUAAAAGAAUACCUUGUAAAUUAGGGGGCACUUCACAUCUUAGAAAGCACUUCACAACGUUUACAUAUUAAUGUUUUACAUGCUUUGCCGUCUGUAAGUCAUCACUGAUGCUGAUAGAAUAAGGUCACUAGCUGAAACGAGAUCGCUGUCCUGCUGGCUAAUGAUAAUAACUCUGUGGUCAUGGUUUCCAGAGGGGUGGUUAGUAAAAGAUCUGUAUCUUAGAUUGGAGCAUUUACUCUGUCUUCUGGUAUGAUGGUUCCUAUGAACUUAAAUAAACAGCACCUCAGAAUCCCUAUUAAGUGUUUAUAUUGCAAAAGUAUUGAGGUAUUUGAUGGGGAUGUGCUCCAACUAACUCAUGUUUUCUGUCUGAAAAUUUCAGACCUACUUUACAACAUCAUUGAAUUACUAUGGUAGCUGAAAGGGAUUAGAGGAAAACAUGCUGGUUUGUAUUUUGCUGUGGAUUGUAUUCUGCAAGGAAGUAAAAUACAUGAAAACUGGCUUCUGUGAAAGGUCUCUUAUAGUUUCAAAGCAAAAAUAAAUGGGUAAUGUAAUUUAAAGGGUAAAAAAAACAACA